ACAAUUCGUUGAAUUGUUGUCUCCGUCACAGGCCAAAACCAAGGGAAAUUUCCCUAUUGAAGCAUCAGCUUGACAAUUUAAGUGCACUUUUAAGGUCAGGAGCUUCAAACAUAGUCUUCUGCUYAGAAGAUAACUAACCAUCGUUCUCUCUUUCAUAACGAACUUGUCUGAAUGGAUUCAGCAGAGAGUGGCCGCUAGGGACUGGUUAUCAGUAUGCCUGGCUUUGUUGUAUCAGAUAAAGAUCGAAAGACGAUCAACUCCAAAUACAUUUGCUCSUGUUGUAAACACAUCUUGAAAGAUCCUGUUCAAACAUUGUGCGGCCAUUUCUACUGUUUCUCCUGCAUUGRCGAUUUGAAAGAGCCUAAUCGUCGCGACUACAGAUGUAUCGAAGAUAAUGUUUGGUUCACUAAGGAAGAGAUUUUCUUCGAUCGAUGUGUUCAACGCGAGGUUGAUAAUCUUACCGUCCAUUGCCCAAAAAUAGACUGCAAAUGGAAAGGUCUGAUACCACAACUUGAGGAACACAUCUCGAGCUGUAUACAUGCGACAAAUGAGAUGUCAGAGAAUUAUGGUGGUUGUGCAUAUGAAAUAGUUGGGUGUAAAGUUCCAAAGACUCUCACCGCAGAACAGCUCAAGGAGCACAAUGAAAAAUGCGCAGACUUCCAUCUUAAAUUGCUCUUGAAUUACGUGCGCCAAUCGUCACCUGCAUCAMUCAUUAAGAAAAYUGACAGUCUCAACGAGCAACUUAACGACCAGGCCAAUAAGAUCGCUCGUCUUGAGGAAGCCACCAGAGGAUCAUGGGGCUCAGACACUGGGGCGUUGCUAAGGCGACUGAUAAACACAGAGAAUAGCAAUGCUAAUCUUGGGCUGUUAAUCGUGGAAUUGAAUACAACUAUCAACGAGCUCAGUGGUAAGAUAGACCAGUUGGAGAAACAUAGAGAAAAUGAUGUUAAGACUAUCAUUGCUCUGAAAAAUAAACUCSAAAUGAACGGUGAACCYCCCCGGAAUUUCCCAGCCUCGACCCAAUCACAAGAUCAGUUGGUCCCAUACGAUGGAAUCUUGCUGUGGAAGAUUACUGACUUCGCACGAAAACGAAACGACGCUUUGACAAAUAAAAAAGUCUCAAUCCUCAGCCCUCCAUUUUAUUCAGAUCGAUAUGGGUACAAAAUGUGCGCKCGCAUAUAUUUGAACGGUGAUGGYAUGGGUCGAGGACAGUACAUUUCUUUGUUCUUCGUGGUCAUGCGUGGUGAGUACGAUGCAUUACUCCGYUGGCCAUUCAGACAAAAGGUGACCAUGAUGCUUCUCGAUCAAAAUCAUGUUGAGCACGUGAUUGAUGCAUUCAAACCCGACCCCAYGAGUUCGUCGUUCAGACGACCGAUGUCUGAAAUGAAUAUCGCUAGCGGCUGCCCGAUGUUCUGUUCGCUYGCUGAUUUGGAUAAAUACUCCUACAUAAAGGAUGAUACGAUGUUUGUGAAAGUCAUCGUGGACACAUCGGAAAUGUUCUGAAUAAUCAUAAAAAAACAAUCUUCACAUGCAAUUGAGAAAAAUAAUAAAAUCUGCUUAAACUUGCACAAUGUCCUAAGACUCACCAAGUGUUAGAGCCAAAGCUGCAUGGCUGUCCACACCUUGGUUUACACCGGUUGACCAAGAAGAUAACAAUAAUAAAAAAAAAAAACAGGUGAAACUAAUAACUUAACGAAUGGUACUGUAUUCUGGCGAAACAGCUGAUCAUAAAGAGAUUCUGAGGAAAAUCAACUCGCAAAUUUAUCAGAUUUAUUGUGGACAAUUACAUUCAAAAGAUUGGAAAAGUGAGCAAACUGGAGUGGAAUUAAAUCCUGUCGAACUCUCGCUGAGGCGCCAUCACAUGGAUCAGCGUCCUCCUCACAUAGCCUCUUACGCAGGCCAACACCAACACACACGACCAACGCGGAUUUAUGUCAGAAAACUGUACAUUAAGCCAAAAAAAAAAACAAACAAACAAGAGAACUGCUGAAUAGUAUAUGCUUGAAUCCACGAUCUUUUUUGGCGUGUGAAAUAUGUUUUAUAGAAAGUACUUGUUAGGAAGGUUUCAUUCGGAGGGAGAAAUGGAAUCGGAUGAUGCAGAAAGUUUUACCGUUUAUGGGGAUUCAAAUGGUCUCCAAUACUCAURUUCUUUGCCCACAACUUAUCAAGUUGUCACAUAGGUUAGACUAACAACUCAUGGUUGUCAUAAGUAGCUGGAUCAAWAUGUCGUUACAUGGAUUAUAUUUCGAUGUAUUUUUUUUUUUCUCGUCAAUCCUGGUAUCUAGCUUUGCAUUGCUUGUAAGAUAUGCUGGAUUCUUAAAACCAUAAAAAAGAAUUAAUUAGUAACUGUAUAAUUUUUAGGAAUUUUACAUGUAAUUUUUUUUGAUGCACGGAAUUUUUAUGGUUCAUUUUGUCAGUUACUAAUAAACAAUGAAGUGCUCAUUUUGAAAUCCACUCGA